UUAGUAUCAAAAGUCAGAUGUUCAUAAAUAUAUCUUAAAAUUUCGUUUAUUUUCUAGUAGAGUACAAAAUAAGCAUGGGUUGUAACGACUUUGCUUCAAUUACUAAACUGGAAAAAGACCUUGCUCUUUUAAAAGAAGAAUAUACAAAACUUCAGCGCAGUUAUGUAGAACUAGAACGCAAGUAUAAUGAAGUAAUUGCCUCAACCGCAGAUCCCGGGACUACGGGAGAAUUUAGCAGCUUUGUGUCACGACUCGCACUGACGACGGCUUCAUUAUAUGGAUGUUCCAUUUACUCCGACCUAAACAUUAGGACAAAUACCCAUGGGACAAUUAUGCCGGCACAUAAAUUUGUCCUUCAUGCACGCUCGGAGAAAUGGCGUAAUGAUGAGUCCUUGGUUAGUGCAAAAGAACUAGAUUGGAGCGAUUUAGAUGAAGAUAUAGCAACAUCGCUGUUGCGUUGGAUUUACACUGAUAUUAUUGACUUACAACACGAUCGACUAACAUUGGGGCUUCUGCGAGUGGCGCAUCGUUUUUCCUUACCUGGACUUCUCGGGCUCUGCGAGAGAGCUUUAGUGGCGUCAGUGGGAGUACGAUCUUGUGUGCGAUUCUAUUGUGUUGCUGAAGAAGUGGGAGCUGCUUGUCUCCUUGAAUACUGUUCGGGAAUAAUAUCCACGCACUGGGAUGAUUUAACCCCACAAGACUUUGAACAUAUGUCAGGACCAUUGCUGUUUAAAAUGCUCAAAAGCAAAACCAAAUAUCCCCUUCACUCGGCAGUCAGACUUUUGCGUGAAGAUGUCGUAUGCUUGUGCCUUACUGAAAAUAAUACAAUGUUACCCGAACUGGUGAAUAGCUUGUCUCAACAUGGACAGCUGCCACUUCAGAUGGCUUUGUCUGCAAAAAGUAAUCAAAUUGCCCAUACUCUUGUGAACAAAGCAUCUGCGAACGUUAAUGCCUACGAUGCUGAAGGAAAUACGCUUCUUAUAGAUGCUGUGAGGAAAGCUGAUCAUUUUGCAGCAGAUUUUCUUUUAAAACAUAAUUGCCUUGUAGAUCUUGUAUCCAGACCGUCAUCCGAUACCGCCCUCCAUAUCGCAUGCAGCUAUGGAGAAAAUCAGAAUAAUCAGGAAAAUUUUACUCAUAUGCUUGAUAUCGGGAAAAAAAUUUUACGGUGUAAGGCUAACGUAAAUAUUCAGAACUAUCAAGGUCACACCCCGCUGCAUAUUGCGAUUACAUUUCAGAAUAUGUCUAUGGUAGACCUAUUGCUUGAUGUACCCGGUAUUGACAUUAAUUUACGCAAUAAUGAUGAAAAGUGUCCUCUUGAAUUGAGUUUAACCCUAUUAAAUAAGGACAGCUUUAAUCUUGCUACAAAACUUCUAAGGAUGGGAUCAAACCCGAAUCCGUUGAAAUCGGAGACAAAUGACAGUCUGUUGCAAGUUCUAUCUCAAGCUGGAAGACAUUUUGAAGAUGCUGCAAUAUUUUUGGCUGAUUUUGCUAAUCUCAAUCAUAUAAAUAACGGCGGAAUGUCUGCCAUUCACAUUGCUGCCCAGAAGAAUAUGACAAAACUCUUGGCUAAGCUUCUUAAUGCAGGCGCAUCGCCUAAUAUACAAACAAGUACAUCCAAAAUGAAAACACCGUUGCAUUUAGCAGUGGAAGAAAACGCUCGGGAAGUAAUAAGAUUGCUUGUUAAUUUUUGCAAAGAUAACACUAGGCAAAUAGAUUUCAACUGUAAGGACGUUAAUGGUGACUCACCACUAAGCUUAUGCUUAUCCCUAAAUCGAAUUGAAUUGGCAUCAAUACUAAUCGAAGGCGGUGCAGAUGUAAAUGCGAGAAAUGCGCAGGACUUGACUUUGAUGCAUCAAUUUAUAAUGAACGGUGAUAGCGAGAAAGCAGUAUUUUUAAUAGACCAAGGCGCUGAAGUCAACGCGAUAACAGGUGAACAAAAGUCUGUCUUGCAGCUGGCUAUAGACUCUCAUUUACCCAACGUUGUAGACGCGUUAUGCAUAAAAGGAGUGGAUCUUAGUAAUUUAGAUAGUAGAAGAGAUUCGCCAUUAUGGACAGCUUUGGAAUUAGGAUAUGAGGAUAUAGCUCAAAUUCUUGUACGUCAUGGCGUUGACACUGAUUGUUGGAGCGAAGGUCCUGAGGGCUGCAAGCAGACGCUGUUGCACCGAGCAAUUGAUGAAAACAAAGAAUCCACUGCAAUUUUUCUCGUUCGUAACCAGUGCGAUUUGGACUCGCCGCGUCAACUUUGUCCGAAUCGUGAAAGCGGUGAUGAAGCACGAGACAAAGCUUCUCCUUUACAUCUCUGUUGCCAAUGGGGUCUAACAAAGGUUGUCCAAGCGCUGAUUGAUCACGGUGCCAAUGUGAACGCUUUAGAUGUUGAAAACAAAACGCCAGCACACAUAGCUAUUGAAAACCAACAUGAAGAAAUUAUAAAUAUUCUUCUCUGCCACCCUGGCAUUGACUUGAAAUUGCAGGAUAAAUCUGGACUCACACCCUUUGCUACUGCUCUGGCCAGCCGUAAUCACAAAGCAGCACAGCGCAUACUUGAAAGACUUCCAAAUGCAGCGGAAAUAAUGGAUCAGCGUGGGCGUAAUUUUCUCCAUGUUGCUAUAUUAAAAGAUGACCUAGAAAGUGUACUUUUCUUAUUGGCUAUACAAGUAGAUGUCAAUUCGCGUGUACAUGACGCCUAUCAAUCAACUCCACUUCAUCUAGCCGCUGCAUCGAAAAAUGAAAUGAUUAUACGAAACUUAAUAUUAGCAGGCGCUCGAAUAAACGAACGAGAUGCUAUCCAAAAAAUGCCACUUCAUGUAGCAAUUGAACGUGGAAACCUCCCUGCAGUUUCAGCGAUGAUUCAAAACAAUGCCGAUUUUGAUGCAAAGGAUGCCGAAGGAAACAACGCGUUACACCUUGGGGUGCACGGGGGUCAGCUAUCGAUAGUUAGAGAGUUGCUCACAGAAUCACGGGUAAACGCUGAGGCAUACAAUGCGAAGGGCCGGAAUCCCCUGCACGAAUUAUGUAGAGUUGGAGAAGAUAAUUCUGGUGCAGCUAUUUGUGAACUGUUUCUUGAAUGUAUGCCAAAGUAUCCAAUUAAUAUUCCAGACAUGGACGGCAACACACCACUACUUCUCUCAUACAUGCGAGGACAGGCACCACUUUGCAAAGUUCUUGUAAAAGCAGGUGCUUGUCUUGGCGCUCAAAACCGAGAAGGGAUUAGUAUUUUCAAUUACAAAUUAGCUACAGAUCAAUUGCUUAACAAAUUGUUGGACCAAUUGCCACAGGAGUCGCCGUGGGCGGAAUCAGAGUUGUGUCAAGAGUGUAACUCAAAGUUUUCACUUACUAUAAGAAGGCAUCACUGUCGACAUUGUGGGCGAGUUUUGUGUUCUAAGUGCUCCAACAAUGAUGUACCGAUUCUUAAAUUUGGUAUUAAUAAACCUGUAAGAGUUUGCAAUGUUUGCUUUGAUGUUCUUCAUGGAGGAAGUUAAAGCGGUACCCGUUAAUAUCGCUUGUCUUUGGAAACAUUUGAUUUAAAAGGAUACCCAUACCGGAUUUUGAAUUUAUGAUAUGCUAUGAUAUAUAUAACAUAUACAUGAAUAUGAAUAUUAAAUUAUUAAUAUACACUACAUCCAGACCUCAAGCCGGCUAAACCGUUAACUAAGUAAUUAAAAUUAUAUAUAUAUAUAUUGACCUUUAUUUUAGCGCACACUUCAAAUCGUAUGUAAAUAAUUAACA